CACACACACACACACACAAAGUAACUCCACCAGAGUGCCAAUUUCGGGUCACUUUUGCCGGUCCAAGCCCGAAUAAAGGAGCAGGGUUGGAAUUGGAAGUGCUGACCAGCUGACUGAUGUCCUAGCGGGCAUCUUUAACAUCUCCGAACAGCUGAUCGGCAAGCUGGACGUGCUUUGACUUAACACCUCCACCUGCAACUGGAUCCUGGAGCUUGAUUUCACACAGCCUGCUGCACAGUCCAUCACCCAGCCACCGCUACACAGGCUGAUUGGCAGGUAUGUUGUGGAAAACAUGAAACCCAUCUCAACGGUUGAGUCCCAUGCUUUCAGACAACUGAUUAGUCAUAUGCCUGGGCGAGGGAGAGCUGGGAAGGCACCAUGCAGAAAGACAUUUUCCAGUUACCUAGAACAAGAAUAUGCCAACAUGGAGUCGGAGCUCAAAAAUACACUUGACAAGGUAGAAUAUAUCCCCACAACAACAGACAUUUGGACUGUGCAUAAUAGUUUUCUUGGUGUGACCGCGCAUUGGAUAAAUGCACAAAGCAUGAAAAGUGAGAAAGCAGCGCUGGCUUGCAGGCGAUUUAUGGGUCGACAUAAGUAUGACAGUAUUGCAUCUGAGCUGAACAACAUUAACUCACCUCAUGGCCUAUCGUUUAAAAUCACAUCAACUGUAACGGAUAAUGGCUCCAAUUUUGUCAAGGCUUUUAAAAUAUACCAGCCACCACCUGAAUCAAAUGACUCUGAAGAUGAGGAGGAUGAGGUGACUUUUGUUUCUAUUGGGGAUGUGCUGCAGAAUGGUGCUGAUGGCGCAAUUUCUUUACCGCCACAUCAGAGAUGUGCAUCGCACACAAUGAAUCUUAUCUCUUGCACUGAUGUGGAGAAGUGGCUAUUGUCUGAAGCUGCAACAAAAACCAUCUACAGAAGUGCCACCACAAAAUGUGCAGGGCUGUGGAACAAGGCCAGUCGUUCCACAGUGGCUGCUGAGAUUGUGGAAGACAUUAUUGCAAAGAAGCUACUAGUACCUUGCACAACAAGGUGGAACUUGUUCUAUUAUGCUCUGGAGAGAAUUUCAAAGAUACCUUUGGUGGAGCUGAACACAAUCUCAUCCACACUACAGUUGAAGUGUUUCAAUGAGAGGGAGCAUCAGUGUAUCAGUGAGUACUGUGCAGUCAUGAAACCACUUACUGUGGCACUGGACAUUCUUCAGGGAGAAGACCAUUGUUUUUAUGGCACACUCCUACCCACACUGGAAUUGCUGAUGACCAAGACUCUGGCUAUAAAAAAUGGUCUGCAAAUCCUUGUUGGGCUACCAGAUGCAGUUAUCCAGGCAGUCAAAACAAGGUUUGCACAUGUCCUAGGAAGUGAAGAUGCUUUGCUGGCUGCUGUGACACUACCAAAAUUCAAGCUUUGUUGGUUACAUGACCAGGCACGGAAGGACCUCACAAAGGCACGUCUGCUGGUAGAGUGUCGAAAACUUCUCCCCGAGCAAGAUCAGCUACAACCAGGUACCAGCGCCACCAAGACAACACAGCACCCGAGUUCUAGCAAAGAGGAUGAGUUCUUCUCCUUUGAAUAGAAUGAGGACAUAUAUGCCACUGCUGAAGCUGAGGUAGCCAAGUACCUCAAAUCAGGAGCAACAGGGUUAGACUCUGAAGCAUUUCCUGAUGAUAAAGAAACUCUCUCUUAAACUUGAUGCAGCCACUCCUUCAAGUGCCCCAGUUGAAAGGCUUUUCAGCCUGGGAAACCUGAUUCUCAUUCCAAAGAUGAACAAGUUGUCCGAUCAUAAGUUUGAGAAGCUUCUCCUGUUGAGGUACAAUUGUUGGUUUGAGGGAACCAAAGUUGAGUAGUGCUGAUAUGAUGAUGAUGUGUUUCCUUCAGUGGUGCUCUACAAGGUCAAACAGGUUAAUAUUUCCAAGUGAAACUUAGACCACUGAAGCACUUAAAAUACCAUUAUAUUUUAUUUAUCUACAUGACCUGUAUGGAGGAAAUAUUAUUUUCGUUAAAUAUUGACUAUUUAUGAGGCUGAAAAUACUUUUAAGUUUGCCCGUCAUUACUGAACAGUUUACAAAGUUAAGUUCAGUUAAGUUUACAAAGAAUGGACAAACCUCACUGUGUUUAUGAUGAACGAUUUUUGCUCUAUAUUUUUUGCACUAUUUUGAUACCUACAGCUCCUAAAUGUUCUGAGGCACAGUUCAAUGUUGGCACUGCUAAAAGUAUACUUUCUACCCAUUUCAA